AAAAAAAUUCCCAUAUACCUUGUGUCCAUAAGAUCUUCCAUUUUUCCUUCUCUUACAAUUGUAGUAGUCCUCUCUCACCGUUUUCAUCUUCCUUUAUUAUCUCUUCCCCAAACCCUAAUUUCAACAAGCCAUUUCCAACCCAUCUAAAUGAUCAGAUAAACAUGAAGGUUUUGGUGUUGAAUUGAUUGGUGAGAGGAUGCUAUUCCUGCUGAUGUUAUAGCAUGAAUGUAGAUGUGUAAGUUGUUUGUAUGAUUUUAUCAUAUGUAAAUUCCAUGUUCUUCUUGGUUCUUAAAGAUUCCUAAAAGAGAGGGAUUUUCAUAUGGAUGUCAAUAUGUGUAAUACAAAUCAUUUAGAUCCUGAUGUUAGAUUGCCUCCUCGAAAGCGGUUACUAGCAGGUUUGAAAAAACAGAGCUGUUCAGAGAGCAUAUCACAAUGCUCACAAGGAAACAAUCCAAGCCCUAGCUCAAGCCCUAGCCCUAGCCCUUGCCCUAGCCUUAGCCCAUCGUUUAGUGCUACUCGCUUGAGUGACUUCGAUGUUCGUCUAAAUAAUCUGUUGAAAUCUUAUAAGAAUGGAUCUAACAUGUCGCUUGAGGAGAUAGCAGCCGCUGCAGUAUCAGCUGCAGACGCUGCAGUCAAGGUAGCUGAAGCUGCAAGAGCUGCUGCUGAGGAAAAAGCGUCUGUUGCUGUAAAGGCAAAAGCUGCUGCGAAAAGUGCCCUGGAUAUGGUUGCUUCUAUACCUGAACAGACGAGCAGCAAAGAUAAGCAUGUGAAGAAGAAUAAGAUGAAGAAGCAUGUUCCCGUUCAGCUCUUGUACAAAAAGUACCAACCAGUUGAGAACUGCGGGACAGAUGAAGAGGUAGCAAGGAGGUUGCAUCAAGCUAUAAAUAGCUCCCCCAGAAUUUCUAAACAUUCCCCAGGAUCGGACUCAAAGAAACGCAAGAUGAAAUUCUUGCCACCGAGUGAGAAGAGUGGCAAUGUUAGUGGUAAGACUCCAAUGGAUGAAAACCGUAAAUUAACUUCACCGUACAAUGGGGAUGAUAUAGAUCAUGGUAUAGACUGUGAAGGGUCUAACGAAGAGCCGUAUACUGUUAAAGUAGACGAUAUGGUGUCAAAAUCUAGUAAGCCUGAUGAGAUAGAGGUGGAUAGUGGGGAAGCGGAAUCAAGUCACUCCAAGGAGAAAACAAUCGAACCAUCAGACGAUAUAUGUAUUAACGGUAGGAAGAGAGGUAGAAUCAAGCAAAAAAAGUUGUCUUUAAGCAUAUGCAGCUCUAAGGAUCAAUCAAACCCGAAAGAAGAUCAAAACCUAACAAACUCGUUGAAGAUUGCUAGGACCGAUAAACCGACUGUUCGUCAUGUAUCGCUGCAUUCUUUGGAGCCCCCUGCUGAAUACGUCGCACCCAUCGAGGUUCAACAAACAUGGAAGUGCCAGGAUUUGAAAGUUUCUCAGUGCAUUAAGCAAGACAAAGUUGUGCAGUCCUAAUACUGUAAUGGUUUUCGUCGACAGUAUUCACCGUGAUUGGAGCAUCCAUCCGAGGUAGGACUCUAUCAUGAUCUUCUUGUAGAAAGGGUAUUGUUAUUAUUUUCUAUUUAUUUUGCUGGUGUUGCAUUGUAUGGCUUGUUGACAACAAUGUAUAUUUGUACUGUUGAGUUUUUCAUAUACAUAUUAAUGUGUGAUAUAGGAUAGGUGUUGCAAUAAUGUAUCAAUGUGUAGUGUCUUUGUUGCUACACUAAAUAUAUGCUUUCAUUUUGUAGAUCAUGUAGGUCUCAUUGUACAAGACAAUAAUCCCUUUGUUCCCCUGAUUUUUCAAUGCUUACCAUUUAUGGUUACUUAUCCCUAUUUCUAAUUA